AUGAAAUAAAGACCUACAACUGCCAAAGUUCCAGUAACCGUAGAUACCAAGGAUAUCCAUCAACUAUAUGAGCUUGAUAGUAAUUCACUUUGUCUCCAACUAGGUCGUUAAUAUUAAUUAAUUGGUAGUAAUCUAUCGCAUUUCCUCAUUUUGAACGAAUUGGGCAAGGGUUCAUUUGGCGUUGUCUAUAAGGUCAAGUCCACCUAUGAUGGUCUCAUCUAUGUCCUAAAGAAGAUCAACCUCACUCAUCUCAAACCAAAAUAACAAACCGAAGCACUGAAGGAAGCUUAACUUCUACGUACUCUCAAACAUCCAAAUAUUAUCAGCUACUAUGUGAGUUUCAUUGAAUAGGACAAUCUUUGCAUAGUAAUGGAAUAUGCUGAAGGAGGGGAUCUCUAGAAAGUACAUAACACUCUUAAAUAAAAAUGCUUGAAAGAACCUACUAUUUGGGAAAUGAGUAGAGAAUUGGCUUAAGCUAUAUAGCAUUUGCAUGAAAACAAUAUCAUUCAUAGAGACAUUAAGACUCUUAAUGUGUUCCUUACCAAAGACAAGCAUGUUAAAUUGGGUGAUUUGGGAGUUUCUAAAAUAUUUAAUUCUGAAAUUGCCUUAGAUGGUACACGUGUUGGCACUCCUCUAUAUCUUGCCCCAGAGCUUGUCCAACAUCAACCAUAUGACUACAAAGUCGACAUAUGGGCUCUGGGUUGCAUUGUAUUUUAGUUGGCUACUCUGGAACCACCAUUUUAAGGUGAAAAUCUAAUUACCUUGGGGUAUAGCAUCGUCAACCAUUCACCUAAGCCUUUGCCAUCACAAUAUUCAAGCUAAUUAUCCUAAUUUAUUUCUAAAUUAUUAGAGAAAAUUCCAGCAUUAAGACCUAGUAUAUAAUAAAUUAAUAGUCAAUUCUUUGAAAAGAAAUGUCCCGAAUUAAAAACCUUAUUCCAAAUUGAAGAUCGUACUCUAUCCAAUCCAAAUUAAAAUUAGCAUCAUUAUCAGAGACCUUAAACAGGCAAUCUUAACAAAUAAAUUGCUCCCUCUAUAGAUAUUGAAAAAGCCAAUAAAAUUAAAAAAUCAAUUUUAUUAGUUGAAGGUAACUUGGAUCAAAUUCUAAAUGGCGAGUCGAAUUCAAAAGGGUAGAAAUAGAUUGAAGCUGAUAAGAUUAUAAAAUCGUAGCAAUAUUAAUAGAUGAUAAGAGAGUAAUCAGAAAAACUAGAAAAAGAGAAAUUGGAAAAAGAAAGAUUAGACAAGCAAAGAGAGGAGAGAAUGGAAAAUGAGAAAUAACUAAGAUUAGAAAAAUAACUAUCCUCUUAACAAAAGGAGAAGUCAAAUAGAUUAGAUAAGUUAAUCCAAUAAAAUUAAAUUCAACUUGAUUCUAAUCACAACGAAUACCAAUUACAAAAACCGAUAUACAAAAUACAAAAUAAUAAAGUCAGUCUUUACAUUGAAGAUUUUGAUAAUAAGUAAUCUUGUGAUGAUUAAAAGAGUGCAUUCUCAGCAGAAAAACAUCUUUAAAUUAAAUUCAAAUACCAAAAGCCCAUCAAUACAUAUCAAUCCAAUAUUCAAAUUAGACCCUUAUCUGCUUAAGCAAGAAGCUCUUUUGUUAAUAUUUCUUCCAAAUCAAAAUUAAUUCCAGUCUUACAUCACAAUUAAUCAACCCAAGAACCUAAGAAAUUUACAGUACUAGAUUUGAAUCCAGAUUAGAAUGAACAUUCUUUUCAUCAAGAAAUACCUAAAUUCUAACCAUCUUUAAUUAAAUAACCUGAUACAAAUGAAUACCAACACAUUAAUAAUAAAGAGAUUUCACUCAAUAAAACAAAGGAGAAUAUACGUAUCAAAAGUGUAUUUACUUUACAAAAAACAAAUAAACCAUCUUAAAAUAAAUCCUAAGAACGAAAUAAUAAAAUUAUUAAACAUUAUACCUUAAAAGAUUUGGAAGAGUGA